GUGAUAUGCGUUGCUUGAGCUCUCACCAGCAAGUUUGUGCUUCUCACUAACAGAAACAGACAAACACGUUCAAGAUGCAGUGGAAAGCUCUAAUCCUAGCACUCCUCGUGGAGCGCGGCGUCGGCCAAGGGAUUCUGCCGAUGAUGCGAUUCCAGUGUUCACAGCUUGUCGUGGACCGCCUCGACCCCUUGGUCAAUCCGGGUGUGGUGCCGUCGCCGCAUCUGCACCAGAUUGUGGGAGGAAACUCCUUCAACGCCUCAAUGGACCCGAAGACACACGACCUACCUUCAACUUCCACAUGCACUAGCUGCACUUUCUCGGAGGAUUUCUCCAAUUACUGGACGGCGGUGCUUUACUUCCGAGCCCGUAACGGCACCUACAGGCGCGUACCUCAAUUCGUGAGUGAGGGUCUCCGCGCGGAUGGCGGCAUUACGGUUUACUACAUCCCCUCGCCCAACGCAAACGAGAAAGUCACCGCAUUUAAGCCCGGAUUCCGCAUGCUCGUCGGUGAUGCCACGGCGCGCGCGAAUAAUCCUAACGCCCGCAAGGUAUGCCAUCGCUGCAUGCCGGCCACUGGGGACAACAGCAACAUCAACUGUGGCGCCCCAGACAGCCAGUAUCUGCCUAAGAAGAUGUGUCCUGGCGGCAUCCGCUCCGUCAUCACAUUCCCUACUUGCUGGGAUGGCGUCAACACUGACAGUAUAGACCAUAUGAGCCACGUAGCUUACCCGGUUUCGUCGUAUACCGAUGUCUCGGUUGGUGCGUACGGCAGUUGCCCGGCAAGUCACCCGGUUAAGAUACCCCAGGUGAUGUACGAGGUCAUGUGGGAUACCCAGAUGUUCAACGACAAGGAAUUGUGGCCAAAGGAUGGCUCGCAACCGUUCGUCUGGAGUACCGGGGACGAGAGCGGAUAUUCGCAACAUGGCGACUACGUUUUCGGAUGGAAAGGAGACUCUCUCCAGCGAGCGAUGGACGCUCGUUGCAACGGCGCCGUGUGCGGACAACUAGAAACACAAUCAUCCGAGUCUGCCAUGAAGUGUACCAAGUCAAAGGCUGUACAGGAAGACAUCGACGGCUGGCUCACCGAGAUUCCGGGUAUGGCUAUGGAUGAGUAGUUGAGUUCUGGUAAUUGUCUGCGUCAUGGAUUAAGGGGCUCCACUACAUUAAUGGCAAAUGAUCUGCUGAGCCGGAAGUCUGUUUUGCUCUCCAAGCUGCCCCGUCAGGCCAGGGUGUUUACCGCGACAUAUAGAGCUGCGUAUUCCGUAUAAUGUUCACCUUCCCUGGGUACAAUCAAG